GCAGGGGUGAUAUUUCUAGGAAAAUAAGAUGGCUACCAGUAAAUAUCAGUCGAAACGAAGAAUAGCUGCUAAAAAUUUUCUAUCAAAUAUAACAUUGUGCGAACGAUUCCCUAAAAUUGAUUUGCUUACGGGUAAACCCCAGGAACUGUGUUUAAAGCUCGACACGAACAAGAAUAACGAUGAUAACGCACUUAAGCAGAGCGAUAAUGCAAGAAAUUUAGUUAACAUUCAGGAUAAAGAAUCAAAAAGCUUAAUCAAAAGUGAGAUAACAAUUGAUACAGAAAAGAAAAUCGAUACCAAAGUGAACGAAGCCGAAAAUUUCCGUAAUCAACCUGCACCUAUAAAUAUUGCAAAGCAUGAGGAAAAAGAUUAUCCGAAAAAAGACAAAAUUCCCAAUAAACGUAUUUUAAAACACAGUGUAUCGCUAAAUGAAGAAAGUCAAUGCCUUCAAGAAGCAAAAGAAAUUUUAGCUCCCUAUAAUUCACGAAAUCGCCAUUUAUCUACAUCAACGUCAACAAGUUCAACAGACUCUUCUAAACCUGUAAAUAGAUUAAGAUCGUUCAGAAAUGGACCAUAUACGUCUUCCAGUAGAGCACCAAAACGAAUAACCAUCGUUACUGCAAAUCGUUGUCCCCUUAUUUUAUUAUCAGUUUUACCCUACACAAAAUCUUUAAGAGACGGUAACCAAAUCGAUAGUUCCCGGAACCGAAAUCACUCCGAUUCACCAACCAGUAAUCCUUUAGGUGUUACGUGUUUGUCGUUGGCGGACGAGGGCCAAGAAAUAUCUUAUAGUAAAUAUCUAGUACCAUCCACCAAUAAGAAGGUUAAAAAGAUAUCUUGUCAGAAAGCGUACGAUGGACUUAGUCUUUCCGCACCACAUGGUUCUCCAGUUGAGAAGUCAAUAGAUUAUUUCGAUGCCGGAACGGAUAUGUAUGAUCCACUGGCGCUCGACGAUCCGGAAUUAAGAUCGGGGAAGCAUAGAACCGUUAUGACAUUUACGUCUUUUGUGAUGUCAACUAUCGAUUAUGUUAAACCUGGCGAUUUGAAGAAAGAGUUGAAUGAAAAAUUUCGUGAAAAAUUCCCUCAGAUUCAAUUAACUUUAUCAAAAUUACGUAGCCUAAAAAAAGAUAUAAAAAGAAUUGCCAUUAACGAGUGUCAGCUUGAUUUAUGGGUUGUAGCUCACGCUUACGUCUACUUUGAGAAAAUUAUAUGGAAAGGCUUAAUUAAUAAACCUAAUCGUAAAUUGGUCGCUGGAGCUUGUUUAAUGCUAUCGGCAAAGAUGAAUGACGUUAAAAAGGACACUCUUCUAUGUCUUGUUCAUGAAAUUGAAGAAGUAUUCAAGCUCUCCCGUAAAGAUUUAUUUACAUUCGAAUUGGCAGUGAUCAUUUCGUUGGAGUUUUCAUUAUUUAUACCAGAUUUGGAAAUAUAUUCCCAUUAUCAACGCCUAGUCUACGCUUCUUAGCGUUUCAAAUUACUGUGCUCACACUAAUUCCUGCUGAUUAUUAAUAAUUUUUUUUCUAUAUUAUAAGACUAUUAUAUAUAAUUAUUAUAAAAAUUAUUUUUUUUUUCUUUUGACAAAGUAUUUUGACUGCAUUUUUUUUGAUUGUUAACUUUUUUUUUUUAAAAAAACAAAAAAUCGAAAAAAAGAAAAAAGACAGAAAUAGAAGAUUUUAGUGGAUAUUUUCACGAAGAUUUUUUGUUUAAAGUAUUUAAAAAAUAUAUAUAUAUAUA